UUCAUUGAUAUUAAGUCGGUUAAUUAACCCAAAACUUCAUGGCCUUGAAAACACUUAUGUUGGUUUGUCUCUUGGUUGCUGCAAUGGCAUUGAUACCUCCAAUUGCUGAAGCUCAACUAGGUGGCCUCAUUAGCGGCCUCCUUGGCUUGAUUAGGAUCCAAGGAACUGUAUUUUGCACUGUCGAUGGCAACAUGGGUGUAAACGGCACUGCAACCCCAGUUUUCCCUUAUGCAUUGGUGCAACUUCAGUGUGGUGGAAACGUGGUUUCGAGUUCAACAACAAAUGGAUCUGGCAUAUUCUCCAUAUUAUUAGAUCCAUUGCAAUUCCUUGUCCCUUCAUUGAUCAACAAUUGCAACUUAGCCGUAAAAACUCCUCUCUCCAAUUGCAAUACCUCCCUUCCAUCCAUCGGGGGAUUGUCUUCAACCUUACAAGUCGUCGGAAGCACCGUUGCUGGACUCUUGAACAUCACCAACAUCAUCCCUACCGGGUUCGGGUUUUUACGAGCAUGAUAAAACUCGAAAACUAGAACAAGAACAUCCAUUGAACAAGUGAUAAAUAAGGUGGUCGUUUUGAAUGUUGAAUGUGGCUAUAGCGUCGCUCUUUGUCGAAUAAUUAUUGUUGGCUUAUAAUUGAUACAAACGUGGGGCUAUAACAAUGUCUGUAAUUCUUAAUAAAACUUACAUUUUGUCAUGUAAGUAAAGUCCCAAUGUAAUCUUGCUAUGUUUCGAUAAAUAAAUAAAGUUGUGUUUGAUAAUA